AUGCCUGUGACCAGACACUCGUACGUCGGGCUAUCGCCCUUGAUGCUUGUUAGCAACAUCCUUGUCUGGAUAUCUGCUGUUAUUGUGAUGGGAAUUUUGUCCUACUGGAUCUCAGUAAACAACCACCAAGGCGACCAUAUCAUUUACGAAGAAGUGAUUGCUGUCCUGACCGUCGCGUUCUUCCUCGGGGCCUUCUUCCUCGGCGCAUAUCCCGGCUACAUCUUGAUAUUCAACCUUAUCUUCUCCUAUCUCUGGCUCGUCGCAGUUGCUUUCACUGCUAGUGAUUUCAGCCACAGUCACAGCGAUCAGGCAUACACCGUCGAAGCUUUCUCUUUCAUUGCAUUGUGA